CUCGCGUGCGGCGUCGCUGAGUCUUGCUUCUUCCCCCUUCGACUUGGAGAUUGUUGUGAAGUCAGACCCGAAUCGCGGAUCUGAGUUUGCGCCCGCGCCCCCUGAGCUCUUCCGCUCCAAGCUACCAACUCGCCACCUCCACACGUUAAGCUUGUUGAGCUACUACGCCAGGCGGGACUCCUAUUCGAGAAUCCAACUGUUGAUUGUCCUGUUCUAUUUGGAAAGUGUUCCAUUGCUGUUUCAAUUCAUCUCAGAGAUGGGGAACACUCCAUCUGGGAAAUCGGAGGCUUCAAGUUCAUCAGAGAAACCUGCACCACCUGCUCCUGCAACCGAGACAAAACUGAAAAAGAAGAUCUGCUGUGCUUGCCCAGAUACAAAGAAGUUGAGAGACGAUUGCAUCGUGCAGAACGGCGAGGACGCCUGUGGAAAGUUGAUUGAAGCCCACCUACAAUGCCUGAGAGCUGAAGGGUUCAACGUCUGACGCCUUGCCCCAUCAUGGCGACUCCACACUCACUUCUGUGAUAGUCUGAUUUUGAUCAUGAACUACGUGAUGAAUAAAAAUAUCAGGUAGAGUGAUAGGGAGAACUCACUGUUCCAUUUUUCAGAUUUUAAAAACACUCACUAAAAUAUGCCAGUUUGCAAAAGGGUAUAUGCCUUCUUAGACCAUCUCCAGCAGCUACCUCAAAUUUUCAUCCUCAAAAAUACUAUUACAGCAUCCUCUAUCACUAUUACAGCGUCCCUUAUUUUUUCAUCUCCAGCAGCUACCCAUUUCCUAUCUUCUACUCCUCUUUUUCUCUCUCUGGAUCCGUAUGUCAGCCUCUGUAAACAGUGUUGCUACAGUGUUACUACUGUAGCACUGGAUA